AAGAAAAAUACUUAACUGAUAACAACUAGAAAAAUUAUUUAUUCCCUAAACCCUGUAGUAAUAUCAAGUGAUCUACUUUAAUACACCAUUUAAAAAAUUUGAAGCACCAGACGAACAUUUCGUCCUAGUAUACAACGCCUCACUAGUGAGCAUCCUUGAGACCCUCACGUCACAAUCGAACAAACGACCCUCAGUCUCACACUGGAACACUUGAUAUCUAAACCACUGGAUCGUAAUCCAACAGUAUCAUUUUCUAACUUCAGUCAAUCCACAAUAGUACACGACUAUCUCACAUUGUCUUCAGUAGGUAAUCGCCACUCACUCGACACGGUUUAGCUUCACUGAUCACAGUCUCUAACUAGAAGUGUUAAAAUUUCCUCUAGAAGUUAGUUACUAGUAACCACAUAAUAAAUAUAUGUGUUUGUUGAGAUUUUUGAAUUUCACUGAAAUCCUGAAGUGACUUAAAUUAGACCACUGGGUUUUUAAUGGUGGUCUUUUCAGGAUUUCAAUGAAUUUCAAAGACCUCCACAACAUUAUAUCUAACUUACUUACACCUGUUACCUUCCAUGGAGGAGCAUAGGCCGCUCGCCUGCAUUCUCCAUCCAACCCUGUCCGGAGCAAUCCUUUACAGUAGUUUCCAGUUGUUAUAGUUCCUUUCCAUGUCUGCUUCCAAUUCUCGGCGCAGUGUGGGUUUUGGCCUUCCUCUUUGCCGUUUCUAUUCAGAAUUUCAAGUUAGCACUUGCCUCGUGAUGCAGUUUGAUGAUUUCCGUAAUGUAUGUCCUAUCCACUUCCAAUGCAUUUCCCUAACUUCCUCUUUAGGUAGAACCUGGUUUGUCCUUCUCCCACAGUAAGCUGUUGCUGAUGGCAUCCGGCCAAAGGACCUUCCAUAUCCUACAUAGAUAAUUGUAAAGAAAUACAUCUACCUUUUUGAUGAUGGUUGGGGUAGUUCUCCACGUUUCAGCUCCUUACAGUAAAACUGUCCUGAUGUUCGUAUUGAAGAUUCUGACUUUGAUAUUGGCUAACAGUUGUUUUAAGUUCCAUAUGUUCUUCAACUGUAGGAACACUUCCUUUACUUUGCCAAUCCUUGCCUUUACAUUUGCACCAGAUCCUCUACGUUUAUUGAUGUUGCUGCCCAGAUAUGUGAAACUUCCCACCUCUCCCAGAGUUUCGCUAUCAAGUAUGAUUGGUUUGGUGUUCUCUGUGUUGAAGUUAAGGAUGUUGCUUUUUCCUUUGUGUUUUAUAAGGCCUACUGAUGCAGAGGCAGGUGCUACGCUGGUUAUCAUAACCUGUAUUUGCCCGCGUGUAUGGGAUAGAAGGGUCAGGUUAUCUUUGAAGAACAAAUGUUCCAAUUGACUCCGAGCUGUUCAUUGUAUUCCUUACUUCCCCUUAGAUAUCGAGAUUUUCAUAAUCCAGUCAAUCAACAUAAUAAAUAGGAAGGGAGAGAAUAAGCAGCCUUGUCUUAUUCCUGUCCUCACUUGGAAUGAGAGUCAGCUGUCUCCCAUGAAUCACUUUGCAGUGUAGUUCGUCUUAUGAAUUCCUGAUGAUCUUCUCGGGUACUUCAUAGUGUUGAAGUUUCCGUAGUGUUCUCCUAUCCACACCGUCAAACGCCUUCUCAGAGUUUAGGAAGUUGGUGUACAGUGAUGAGUUCCAUUCAACUGAUUGUUCAACAAUGGUCUGUAGUGUGGCAAUUUGGUCUGUGCACGAUCGAUCCCUACGGAAUCUGGCCUGUUUCUUAACAAGCUUUUGUAUCGUUGUUUCUUCUUUUUUACAAUGACACAGUUAAUAUAAGUAAGCAUAGUGUUGUUUAAUCCGUUUAAACGCUAAUCAGAAUAAACAGAUUAAACACUGUACUUACUUAUUUUAACUGUGUUAUUGUAAACCAGAAAUAGCAGUACAACAGUUUGUUAAAAAGCAUUCCUAGAACUCCAAAGUUCGGGAUUUUAACAAUGGCAUGAAUUGGUAUAUUUGUAAAUAUGGAGCGUUUAUAGCUGCCAAUAACCUCGAAAGUCGACUACGUGGUUCCUUAUAAUUAUGCUUGGAUCAUGAUCAUUAUCUGUUUCACAACGACAUAAUUAUUUUUUAAAGCUUAAAUUGCAGAUUUCAUGAAUUUAGCGUAAAUUGGACCUAAAACUUUUAAAAUAUAUGUUAAAAUGUAAUUUAUUGAGGCGUUACAGUUUUAUGUAUUUAAUCCCCCUUGUACAUUUUGCUAUAACAAAUUAGUUUCUAUAGUAAAUACUCCUUAACGAGCCAUGAAAUGAUAAAUAAGAUUUUUCAGUGUAAAAUUACUACAACAAUUAUUAAUUCUAGCUUCGUUAGUUUGAAAGCAUGCUUUAAUGUUUAGCAUGAAUAUUAGUACAUUUAUACAAAGAAUUAUGACUGUUCAAGUAGUUUUCCAUGAGUUCAUAUCUGGGUUUUUUUUCUGUUUGUGUGUUUAUAUGUGACCUAUUUCCCUGUUAUCUGUUAGCAUAAACUAUUCUUGCCUAGGUUAUAGGUAUUAUGAAUGUUCAAUGUUAUAUGUGUAAAGAAUUGAUACAUUGAACAAUGUAUUUACUGAUCAGAUUGAUGGAAAUAUAUAUAUUUAGGGAAAAAGAGCUUUCUUCAAAUAAAAGAUCUCAGAUUUUGGCGCGAAAUUCAUCCAUCCAUCGGGCUAAAUAGAGUUUUGGCAUUAUAAGUGAUGUCAGUUCAUGAUGAAAACCCUAAAUCUAAUUCCUAACCCUAACCGUCCCCACUGUGCUACCUUGUUAAGCUUCAUGCUGAUUCAAUUUCGCAUAUUUUUCAGCUCAUUUGGAGAAAAUGAGUAUACUACUUUAAGAUCAACUGCAUAUAGAAGGUGUUACCCACACAAAAACUUCCACAAAUAUCAUUGAUAAACACUAAAAAGAGCAAAGGACCUAAGACACUACCUCGCAUUACACCACUUCUAACAGGGACAGCAUUAGACAAUGAAGAGUUAAUUUUAACUAUUUGAUGUCGAUUGCUGAGAACGGAAUCAAACCAAGCUAGCAAAGGGUGUUGAACCCCGUAAGAUGCGAGUUUACCUAUAAGAAGUUGGCGGUUAACCAUGUCGAAGGUUUUAGAAACGUCCAGAUAUAGCACUAAGACUAGAUAUCCUUGGCUAUGUAGAGAAUGGACUAAAUUAAAGAAGUCAAAAUGACAUGUCAUGCGAGAACGAUUUUUAAGAAAUCCAUGUUGAGUAUCAUUGGUAAAUUUUCCAGCGAGUAAAUAGUUAGAAAGUUUAUCACUUAUAAUUUUUUCCAUAAUUCGAGAGAUAACUGGAGUAAUAUUUAUUGGCCGAUAAUUGUUCAUUUCAGUCUUAUCUCUAGAUUUGUAACGUGGUAUGAUGUACGCGGUUUUCCAACAGUAAGGGUAAGAACCUGUUUCCAUAGAGUAAACAUCUUUAGAAGAAGUGGAAUAUCUGGACCAGUAUAUUUGUAGACAAAGGAUGAAAUCCCAUGUGCUCCAUGACCUCUCGAAAGCUUAAGGAUAUUUAUAGCCUGACUAAUUUUCAUGCAUGUAAAAGAGAUAGAUUUUAUUGAGUUGCUAGUUACACACAUAACUCGUGAAGCAGAGCCAUUUAUGAUUACUACACCAUUCGCAAAAAUACCACUGAGAAGGUUUGCUAUAGUUUUAGAAUCGUAUAUAAAAGUGCUAUUAUGCUGGAUGCACGGUAUAUCAACAUUUUGAGUUGCUUAAGCGCGUUUAUUGAAAAGGAUAGUUAAGUUUUGUACCUUUGAGUUAGUAUUAAGUGCUAGUAUCUCCUCAUUAAUGGCUUUUAACCUAUGUUCCUCUUUAAUUUGUAUUAAAAUUAUUGUUAUUUGUGCAACUGCUGUGAAGUCGUUUGACUUAAAAUAACGAUUCUGUAGGCGUUUUAGUUUAUUACGAUAUUUAGCUGGUAUAUAUAAUUCGUAAGGUUUACUAAACCUGUACGUUUUAAGAGGUAGACAGGAAUCUAAACAAGAGUUAACGACCAGAUAGAAUUCGUCGAUAGUAUCCAUGAGACUAUUACAUGAAAAAAAAUGGAUGUUUGCUCAACAUGGACAUAAUCGAUCUACAAAUUAAUGACAUUUUUAUUGUUUAGGGGAUUGAAAACCAAACAACAUAGGUUUCCAACGGUGGUCUAACAUCAAUUAAUUCAUGAUCUCAACCAAAAACUUAACAAUCUCCACAACCCACAUACUGAUAACAUAGAUAGCAUUAACUCUACUUUUACAGUAUAAAAAAUACGAAUAACAAUUGAUUAUGUAAUAAAUUUAAAAAUAUUUGGCUUGUUAAAACUUCAACUAGUAAAUAAAUGUGAGACAAUUCAGCGUUAAUUUACUUGAUCAACUUAAUAUUUCUAGUCGCUUAUCUUCGUAAAUGUUUAAAUCUUUACAUUUCCACGUGUGACAUUUACGGAUUCUGAGUAGAUAUUAUGUUGUAAUUGUUAUAAACGUCAUUCAUACAUUAUUACUGAGCACUUAAUUUUAUUACUAACCACCUCUAAGAACAUCAUUAGUUGUAUUGAAAAAUGUUUAUUGAAUUCAUUAGUGUAAUUAAUUUGAUGAGUAUCUGUCAACUUAAAAUACCAUCAAUAUUACACCAUUUUUAACGCGGAUUUGUGAUUUUCUCGGUACCCCCUUCCUCUUAUACAAAUAAUUCAAUAACACUAGAUUUGUAUGUAGUUUUCUUCACUAAGUACACUUGUGUUUGUACAAUUUAAGCUUAAAUGUGCACUGGAGUACCAUACAUAGUAUUUGGCUUGAGUGUGAUUCUACGUAUAUUGUUAUUCCUAAAAAAAACCAUAAUUUAUGAAUACAAUUGCUAUUUUUUGUUUGCAGCUCAUAUUGCACGACAAGAAGCCAACUUGUUAAAUGUCGAUUUAGGCGAUCCAAACGAUAAAGAUUGUGAUGGAAUUCCAGAUCAUAUUGAUAAUGAUUUGGAUAAUGAUGGAAAAAUCGACAGAACACAAGAUUCAGAUAUGGAUGGAUUAUUAAACCACAUAGACGAAGAUGAUGAUAAUGAUGGUAUUCCUGAUGUAUUAGAUCCUGAUGCGAAUGGUGAUGGUAUUCCAGAUUGUCGACGUGAUGGUGGAUUACAUUAUAAAUUAGUUAAAUCACCUUCUGGUUUAAUUAAAAAAGUAUUAAGAAUACGUGAACCAACACAAGAAGAACAACAUCAAGCCUAUAUGGUUAAUGAAGCUAAACGUAAAUUAAUACGUAUUCGUGCUAAACUACGUGAACCUUUACCAAAGAAUACAAUACAAGCAAUUCCAUCAUUUGAUUUCAAUGAUAACAUGAAUGAUAAUCCAGAUAAUCAUCAUCAUGUUAAUGAAAUAAAAUCUAAAAUAAAAUCAUUUAAUUCAAAAUCUGUUCAAUCUAAUAUCAAUUCAAAAAAUGAACAUACAAUUAAACAUCAUCCAAAUAAUAAACAAGAAAAUGGCGGUAAUAUAAAUUCAAAGAAAACAUCAAUACAAGGAAUCAAAUCUACUGGUUCACCUUCUUUAAAACAAUCAAAUCAACAACAAAUACCAAUAAAACAUAUCAAAGAACAAAAUACUGUUAAAUUAAAUAAUAAACAACAAAAUCGUAAAUUAGCAGAAAGUUUAAUACCAAAUGAAAAUACUGAUUCAUUUUAUUCUUUAAAUAAAGACAUUUUACUGAAUAUUCAUGAUAUGAAUGAUUACCCUGAUCAUGUUUCUACUCCCUUUGAUAAUUUUAACGAUGAUGAUGAUGAUGACAAUGAAAUAGAGAAUGAUCAAGAAGUUAAUUUAGCUGAUACAAACUUAAAAUCAUCAAUAUUUGGCAGUUUUUUAUUGCCUGGAGCAGAAGCAGGAACAGCUAAUGAAGUAACUGGAUCAAAUAGAAAAAAUAUCAAGAAAAUGAAACAAAACGAAGCAACACAAAUGAAAAAAGUUGAUAAAUUAAAAUUAAAAGAAAAACAGAAGGUUAACGAAAAUGACAAAAGGUUACACUCCACAAAAAAUAAACAAUCAUGUGACGUCCAUUCAUGUCAAACAACAAAAAAUAACCAGGUGAAAACUCACCGAAAAUCUCAAUCUAUCACAAACUAUUUAUCUAGGCAUCAUGAAGAUGAUCAUGAUGACGAAGAUGAAACAUCGCUAGACUCAGAUGGUAACGGCAUACCGGAUUAUAUGGAAGAUGAAAAUGGCGAUGGUAUUCCGGACUACCGAGAAGAUGAUGAUAAUGAUGGCAUUCCAGAUCAUUUAGAAAGUGAUUCAGAUGGAGACGGUAUUCCAGAUUAUAUGGAAGAUGAUGAUGGAGAUGGAAUACCAAACUACUUAGAAGACGAAGAUGAAAAUGGCAUUCCAGAUUACCUGGAAACAAGUAAAGAGAUCAAAAAUCAAGGUAAGUAUAAAAUAAACGAACGUCCAGUUCGAAAACAUAAAAAUAAAGAAAUACGUACAGAUCACAAUAAAAAAAGUUUAAUAAGAUACGGAAAAAAUAUCCAUAACAAAAUCCACAGUCAACAACGCAACUCACACCAUGACCAUCGAGAAGACGACUCCGACGGCGACGGUAUCCCUGACCACCAGGAGGAUGAGGAUGGUGACGGAAUUCCAGACUACCUGGAAGACGAUGAUGGGGACGGUAUUCCCAAUUAUCUCGAAACGAGUCACCUCAAGAGAGCAAGCAAAUUACCGAAACAUAUCGACAGGGACGGUGAUGGAAUUCCAGACCAUCUAGAGGGUGAUUCUGAUGGUGACGGUAUCCCUGACCACCAGGAGGAUGAGGAUGGUGACGGAAUUCCAGACUACCUGGAAGACGAUGAUGGGGACGGUAUUCCCAAUUAUCUUGAAACGAGUCACCUCAAGAGAGCAAGCAAAUUACCGAAACACAUCGACAGGGACGGUGAUGGAAUUCCAGACCAUCUAGAGGGUGAUUCUGAUGGUGACGGUAUCCCUGACCACCAGGAGGAUGAGGAUGGUGACGGAAUUCCAGACUACCUGGAAGACGAUGAUGGGGACGGUAUUCCCAAUUAUCUCGAAACGAGUCACCUCAAGAGAGCAAGCAAAUUACCGAAACAUAUCGACAGGGACGGUGAUGGAAUUCCAGACCAUCUAGAGGGUGAUUCUGAUGGUGACGGUAUCCCUGACCACCAGGAGGAUGAGGAUGGUGACGGAAUUCCAGACUACCUGGAAGACGAUGAUGGGGACGGUAUUCCCAAUUAUCUUGAAACGAGUCACCUCAAGAGAGCAAGCAAAUUACCGAAACACAUCGACAGGGACGGUGAUGGAAUUCCAGACCAUCUAGAGGGUGAUUCUGAUGGUGACGGUAUCCCUGAUCACCAGGAGGAUGAGGAUGGUGACGGAAUUCCAGACUACCUGGAAGACGAUGAUGGGGACGGUAUUCCCAAUUAUCUCGAAACGAGUCACCUCAAGAGAGCAAGCAAAUUACCGAAACAUAUCGACAGGGACGGUGAUGGAAUUCCAGACCAUCUAGAGGAUGAUUCUGAUGGUGACGGUAUCCCUGACCACCAGGAGGAUGAGGAUGGUGACGGAAUUCCAGACUACCUGGAAGACGAUGAUGGGGACGGUAUUCCCAAUUAUCUCGAAACGAGUCACCUCAAGAGAGCAAGCAAAUUACCGAAACACAUCGACAGGGACGGUGAUGGAAUUCCAGACCAUCUAGAGGGUGAUUCUGAUGGUGACGGUAUCCCUGACCACCAGGAGGAUGAGGAUGAUGACGGAAUUCCAGACUACCUGGAAGACGAUGAUGGGGACGGUAUUCCCAAUUAUCUCGAAACGAGUCACCUCAAGAGAGCAAGCAAAUUACCGAAACAUAUCGACAGGGACGGUGAUGGAAUUCCAGACCAUCUAGAGGGUGAUUCUGAUGGUGACGGUAUCCCUGAUCACCAGGAGGAUGAGGAUGGUGACGGAAUUCCAGACUACCUGGAAGACGAUGAUGGGGACGGUAUUCCCAAUUAUCUCGAAACGAGUCACCUCAAGAGAGCAAGCAAAUUACCGAAACACAUCGACAGGGACGGUGAUGGAAUUCCAGACCAUCUAGAGGGUGAUUCUGAUGGUGACGGUAUCCCUGACCACCAGGAGGAUGAGGAUGGUGACGGAAUUCCAGACUACCUGGAAGACGAUGAUGGGGACGGUAUUCCCAAUUAUCUCGAAACGAGUCACUUCAAGAGAGCAAGCAAAUUACCGAAACACAUCGACAGGGACGGUGAUGGAAUUCCAGACCAUCUAGAGGGUGAUUCUGAUGGUGACGGUAUCCCUGACCACCAGGAGGAUGAGGAUGGUGACGGAAUUCCAGACUACCUGGAAGACGAUGAUGGGGACGGUAUUCCCAAUUAUCUCGAAACGAGUCACUUCAAGAGAGCAAGCAAAUUACCGAAACACAUCGACAGGGACGGUGAUGGAAUUCCAGACCAUCUAGAGGGUGAUUCUGAUGGUGACGGUAUCCCUGACCACCAGGAGGAUGAGGAUGGUGACGGAAUUCCAGACUACCUGGAAGACGAUGAUGGGGACGGUAUUCCCAAUUAUCUCGAAACGAGUCACUUCAAGAGAGCAAGCAAAUUACCGAAACACAUCGACAGGGACGGUGAUGGAAUUCCAGACCAUCUAGAGGGUGAUUCUGAUGGUGACGGUAUCCCUGAUCACCAGGAGGAUGAGGAUGGUGACGGAAUUCCAGACUACCUGGAAGACGAUGAUGGGGACGGUAUUCCCAAUUAUCUCGAAACGAGUCACCUCAAGAGAGCAAGCAAAUUACCAAAACAUAUCGACAGGGACGGUGAUGGAAUUCCAGACCAUCUAGAGGGUGAUUCUGAUGGUGACGGUAUCCCUGACCACCAGGAGGAUGAGGAUGGUGACGGAAUUCCAGACUACCUGGAAGACGAUGAUGGGGACGGUAUUCCCAAUUAUCUCGAAACGAGUCACUUCAAGAGAGCAAGCAAAUUACCGAAACACAUCGACAGGGACGGUGAUGGAAUUCCAGACCAUCUAGAGGGUGAUUCUGAUGGUGACGGUAUCCCUGACCACCAGGAGGAUGAGGAUGAUGACGGAAUUCCAGACUACCUGGAAGACGAUGAUGGGGACGGUAUUCCCAAUUAUCUCGAAACGAGUCACCUCAAGAGAGCAAGCAAAUUACCGAAACACAUCGACAGGGACGGUGAUGGAAUUCCAGACCAUCUAGAGGGUGAUUCUGAUGGUGACGGUAUCCCUGAUCACCAGGAGGAUGAGGAUGGUGACGGAAUUCCAGACUACCUGGAAGACGAUGAUGGGGACGGUAUUCCCAAUUAUCUCGAAACGAGUCACCUCAAGAGAGCAAGCAAAUUACCAAAACAUAUCGACAGGGACGGUGAUGGAAUUCCAGACCAUCUAGAGGGUGAUUCUGAUGGUGACGGUAUCCCUGACCACCAGGAGGAUGAGGAUGGUGACGGAAUUCCAGACUACCUGGAAGACGAUGAUGGGGACGGUAUUCCCAAUUAUCUCGAAACGAGUCACCUCAAGAGAGCAAGCAAAUUACCGAAACACAUCGACAGGGACGGUGAUGGAAUUCCAGACCAUCUAGAGGGUGAUUCUGAUGGUGACGGUAUCCCUGACCACCAGGAGGAUGAGGAUGGUGACGGAAUUCCAGACUACCUGGAAGACGAUGAUGGGGACGGUAUUCCCAAUUAUCUCGAAACGAGUCACCUCAAGAGAGCAAGCAAAUUACCGAAACAUAUCGACAGGGACGGUGAUGGAAUUCCAGACCAUCUAGAGGGUGAUUCUGAUGGUGACGGUAUCCCUGACCACCAGGAGGAUGAGGAUGGUGACGGAGUUCCAGACUACCUGGAAGACGAUGAUGGGGACGGUAUUCCCAAUUAUCUCGAAACGAGUCACUUCAAGAGAGCAAGCAAAUUACCGAAACACAUCGACAGGGACGGUGAUGGAAUUCCAGACCAUCUAGAGGGUGAUUCUGAUGGUGACGGUAUCCCUGACCACCAGGAGGAUGAGGAUGGUGACGGAAUUCCAGACUACCUGGAAGACGAUGAUGGGGACGGUAUUCCCAAUUAUCUUGAAAAUAAUGGUGCUGCAUCAAUUUAUUUAAAUUUUUUGCGGAAAUCGAUCAUGAAUUUCAAGUCGUCGGAUUCAAAGGACAAUGUUAUUCAUGAAUCACUGCGUGGUGACACUGAUGGUGUUCCUGACUAUCUAAAAGAUAGUGAUAAUGACGGAGUACCAGAUUUUAUGGAAGAUGAUGAUGAUGAUGGAACACCAAACUAUAUAGAUGUUGAUUCUACAGGACAAUCUUUGCAACAUUCAAUUUCGUAUAAAAAGCACUACGAUUUCAAUAAAAAUGGCAUACCAGAUGACUUGGAAAGUGAUCAGGAUGGCGAUGGCAUCCUUGACUUCAUGGAAGAUUCUGAUGACGAUGGUAUUCCAGAUUAUCUAGAGGAUUCAGAUAAUGAUGGAUUCCCAAACUAUUUAGAUGAUACAUUUAACUCCAAACGUGAUAUCCAUUUAAAAUUUGAAGAUAAAAAUAAGAAUGGGAUACCGGAUCAUUUAGAACGUGAUUCUGACUAUGACGGAGUUCUUGACUAUUUAGAAGAUUCUGAUAGAGAUGGUAUACCAGACUAUUUAGAAGAUACUGAUGAAGAUGGUACACCAGAUUACAUGGAUGAAGAUGCUGUUACACAAUUUUCUCCGAGAAAAAUACGCCAUCGUGGAAGCGGUCGAAAAUUUGCUGAUGCUGAUAGAGAUGGUAUACCAGAUCAUUUAGAAGGUGAUAUUAAUCAAAACAAUAUCAUUGACUAUUUAGAAGAUUUGGAUAAUAACAGUAUACCGGAUUAUCUUGAAGAUUCUGACAAAGAUGGUAUACCAGACUAUUUAGACGAAGAUGCUAAUACAAAAUUUUCACCCAAAGUAUUAAGAUCAUUAAAACCAGCCAGACAUUAUGCUGAUAUAGACGGUGAUUACAUACCAGACCAUUUGGAAGAAGAUAAUGAUGGUGAUGGAAUUCCAGACUACCAAGAAGAUUCUGAUUCGAAUGGUAUCCCAGAUUAUUUAGAAGAUAGUGAUAGUGAUGGUAUACCGGAUUACAUAGAUGAGGAUGCUACGACACAGUUUUCACCGAAAAAAUAUCGUGAAUUACGUUCUUCUAUGAAAUUUGAAGAUGAAGACGGUGAUGGUAUACCAGAUCAUUUACAAGGUGAUUCUGAUGGUGAUGGAAUUUUAGAUUUUCUUGAAGAUAGCGAUGGUGAUGGGUUACCAGAUUAUUUAGAAGAUGCUGACGGUGAUGGUAUUCCAGAUUAUUUAGAUGAAGACGCAAAUAGUCAAUUUUCACCGAAACAUUUCACUGACAAAAAUAAAGAUGGUAUACCGGAUCAUUUAGAAGGUGAUUCAGACGGUGAUGGUACACCGGAUUAUCUUGAAGAUACUGAUCAAGAUGGUGUCCCGGAUUAUUUAGAAGAUUCCGAUAAUGAUGGUAUACCGAAUUAUUUAGAUAAUGAUGUUGUUGAUGUGGAAGUUGAAGCAGUUAUUGAAGCGUAUGAUAAAGAUACCAACAAUAAUGGGAUGGCAGAUUAUUUAGAAGAUUGGGACGGUGAUGGUAUACCAAAUUAUCUUGAAGAUGAAGAUCAUGAUGGUAUUGUAGACUUCUUGGAUAAACAAGACAAUCGUUUAUUAAGACGAUUGACCAAAAAUAAGAAAUCCAAAUUUCAAAAUCCAAAUGAUAAAAACGCCAAUUUUAUACCAGAUCAUGUAGAGGAUGAUUUAGAUGGUAAUGGAAUUCCAGAAUUUAAACAAGAUUCUGACGGUGAUGGUAUACCGGACUACUUAGAUGAAGAUUAUUUUCAUCACUUUCUAAAGGAGUCAAAAAAACACACUAAAAAGAAAAGAAAAGAAAGUAAAAAAUCUUCGAGUAAAAUCAAAGCCGUCCCUGGGAUCCCAGACAGUUUGGAUCAUGAUGCAAAUAGUGAUGGUGCACUGAAAGAGAAAGUUGCCGAUCGAAAUAACAACGGGGUACCAGAUAAUCUAGAGAUGAAAGACUCUGAUAAUGAUGGAAUUCCCGAUGAUCAAGACGAUGACGACGAUAAUGAUGGUAUCAAGGAUUAUCAUGAAGAUCGAAAUGGUAAUCAGAUGUUGGAUAUUCUUGAAGCAAAAGAUACAGAUGGUGAUGGAAUUCCUGAUUAUCUAGAUGACGACGAUGAUGGAGACGGUAUACCUGAUUGCGAUGACGAUGAUGACGAUGGUGAUGGAAUUAUUGAUCUACUUGAUACAGAUGAUGAUAACGAUAAUAUACCAGACCACUUAGAUAGUGAUUCCGAUGGAGAUGGUAUUGACGAUAAAAAGCAAGAAAGAAAUCGUCAUAAAACUACUAAUCCAAAAGAAACUGUCAAGAAAAAUAAAGAAAGCAAAACGACGGUGCAUUUACCUUCACCUAAAUCUCAACUACCAGGACAUUCAAAAAGCAAAUCACUACCUAAAAAGACCACAGAUUAUGAUAAUGAAGACAGUGAAAAAACUGAUGAUGAUUAUGACAACAAGAAACUAUCUAAAAUGAAAGACAGCGGUAUCAAUAGUGAUAAUGAUGAUGACGAUGAUGAUGAUAGCGAUGAAGACGAAGAUGACGCCGAUGGAGCAGAUGAUGGCAAACCUAUGACGAAAACUAGGUCUAUAGUUUUAUCUAUAUUAAAACGAAUCGAAAACAUCUUUGGUGUUGAAGAUGAUGAUGGUGAUCAUGAUGCUGAAGAGGAUGAUUCACAUGAAGAAAUUCAUGAUCAUUAAAAUGUUAUUUUAUCCUCAUUUUUAUACUAAAGAGAUUUCAUAUGAUUUUAUUAAAAAUCAAGUUGUUUUAGAACCAUUAAGUAGUACAACCAACCAUUACUACUCAUUCUCUUGACUUAGUUUGCAUCGGUUGAAUAUACUAGCUCAAUUGACAAAUCUAAUGUUUUGAUGUAUGAUAAUGUGCAGUUCUGUACCUUACCAUUUUUUUCGUUUUAAAGAUAUUCUUACAUACUAACUAAAUCCUUAGAAUAAUACUCUCACACAAUAGCUUUACUUUUCAUCCACUCAGUCUUUUUGUUCUCCCUCUUCAACCCUUCUGUAUUGUUUCAUUUUCGAAUCAGUUAAACUAUCCAUCUUGUAACUUAUCCAAUUUCUUAUUGUUUUUUUUAUUUGCUUUAGUGGAAAUAGAAAGAAUUAAACAGGAAAACAACAAACAAGUACACAAAAGAGACUAGAUUAGAAAAUAACAAGAAAUAUGGAAAAUCAAUAGAAUAGAGUUAUAUACAACGUUGAUUUUCCAGCUCUUUUUUUCUGAUCAAGUAAUUUUGGAUUUUCGUUGAUUACACACACACAAACUAAACACAUGUUUUAAUGGUACUACUACUACUACCACUGCCUUUCUUUCAACUACUAUGAAUUAGUUAUUCAUUCAUCAACUGUAAUAAACUCUUUGUGAAUGUUUAUUCCUUGUUUUCUUUCGGUUUUUCAGUUUCACUUCUUCAUCAUCCACUAUUUUUCUUUCGUAUACAGUAGAAAUAUUCUGAAAACUCUAUCUCCCUACAUAUAAUGUUUUUAUUUUUCUGUCUUCAACUUUCAAUUUAAAUUAAAUAUAGACACAUUUAAACAAACAAACAAAUUACAGCACAGAAAUUAAAUAUUAUUUAGUUGAGUUUACUUAUUUUCCUUUAGCAUGUUUUCGUUAAUAAAAUUUACUGGUUUUCUUUUGAAAUAUUGUGUACUCAGUAAAGUUGGAUUCAGAG